AUGAGUGUGAGAAGGGGGGACAGCCAGCUGGCCGGGAGCCCCAGUGAAGAAAAUCCUCCAGCGCUGGCCCCUACAGAUCCCUCGGACAGCUUCGCUGAGCUGGGGGCCCGACACUGGCUUUCCAGACUCUGUCCUAUAGGACCAUUAGGAGGGGAGCAGAGAAACUGCAGAGGGGGCCGUCAGCAGCCUGACAAAGUCUGGCUGGAGCAGGGGAGGGAGGAGUCGGCUGGCUGUUCGGGAGAAUUCUACGCGCUUCGGCUUGGGACCCAGAGGUUCCCCUCUCCUUUUGGAGUCACUGAUGGUCCCGUCAGCCACCCCCGUCCGCAGCCCUUGGCCGGCCCACGCUUACCAGAUGUACUCCCAUUGCGGGGGGCGGUGCGCCUCAGUGACCGUGUGCCCCGCCCCGCACUCCCUCCCCGCGACGCGGACUCUUCUUUGCCUCUCGAACCUACCAGCCGCCCUGGCUUCAGAACCAACUGGGCUGGUUCAUCAGGGGUUAAGGUCUCCGUUGACGUCUGCUCUCCCCACCCCCGGGCUUCUCGCGUCUUCAUUCUCCCCAUGGCCCUCUUUUUUCCCACCCCCUCUACGGCUUUCCAGCUUCCUCCCCGGCCCCCGCAGUUCCCUUGCUCCCCCAGAUUGCAGUCAGGGGAAAAAGCCCUAACACGUUCUCCCACCCCUGCUCUCCGGUCCCAUUGGUUCCCUCCCCCCUCCCUGCAGCACCUGGCCCCCCACCCCAGUCACCCGAUUGGCCAGCGGCCCCAUCAAUCCUCGCCUGGCCGUGCUGACGUCAUCCUGCAGUAG